CAUUACGUACAAGUGAGAUAUACAUAUAAUCGACUAAUGCGACGCUUUUCAAAUGCAAUUGGCGUCAGACUUUAGUCGAGUAAACGGGGUAAACUUUUUUGACUGUUUAUGAGACAAACAAAGCGGAAAAUACAAAUGUAUAGUUUUUUUUUAAAUAAAUUACCGAUAUAAAAUGGAACGAAGAAUAGUGCACAUAGUGGACAAUUCCCAGACGUCGACUGCAAAUCAUUUGAAGAAUGUUAAAUUCAUGGAAAAGGAAUAUAACAAGGUGGAUUUCGCAGAGUUCUCCCAUGUUUAUCUAAACAUUUUAAAAGCUGCUUCGAGAGGAGAUGGUAAUAAUCCUAAUACUAGAAACACAAUUGAGUUUCUGGGACAGUUUGUCGGAUAUAUUACCACAGUACAACAUCAGGCCCACAAGAAUGAUUUCGAGCCCUAUUUGUUAAAAUUUCUGAUAUAUGAAGUUACCAAGAUGCAAAAAGGCUGCCUACCGCAACAAGUUAAAAAAAAUAUAUGUAUAUUUUGGUCGUCGACUUUACGCAACAUUGGAGAUGAUGUUACUAUGGAAAAUUUAUUGGGCCAGACCAUUCAGAAUAAUUUACUAGAAGCUGUACAGGACAUCAAACCUUUAGUAAGACAUCAAGCUGUGUUAGCACUUGCAAGGCUUCAAACCCCAUCAAAUAGAGAAUGUCCCGUGAUUAACGCUUUUAUAUCAUGCUUGCACGAUUCGAAUUCUAUGGUACGCCGAGAAGCAGUACGAUGGAUAGCCCCGAAUAUAAAAAGCAUUGAAAAAUUAUCAGAAAAGGUCAGAGAUAAUGACCCUCGAGUACGUAGCACUGCUUUCAGUCGCUUAGCGGAUAUAGGGAUUAAAUAUUUUAAAAUUGUACAAAGGCAACACAUUCUCAGGAGUGGUUUUGCAGAGACGAAUCCAAUUGUUAAAAAAAUGUUUUUGGAACGUUUGUUGCCCUCGUGGCUUUCCAACUUCAACGGAUCAUAUUUGGGUGUAUUGAAAUCUAUAAAAUUAGAUGGGGAGGAAAAUGAUAUAUCGAAUACAGAGGAUCUUAGUACUAAAAUUAUGGAGGUAUUUUUCAAAACUGAACCAAUUAAUGAUUUAAUCGAUGCGCUACCUCUCGACGAUACUAAAGUUAUUCCGGAAGACUUAAUACAGAAUGAAUUAAUUCAUUACUGGAAUAUCGUGGUUAAAUAUCUGCGACAAUCUGAAGAUUUAGAAGAGUAUCUGGAUAAGGUUAUUCCGGAUCUAACAAUAUUCUGUAACUAUAUUUCAAGGGUCGCACACAAUACGUUAUCCAAGAAUUUGGAAGAAUGGGAAUAUUUAAAUAUUCAGUUCAUACUAUGUCACUUAUUUGAUAUGGCAGAAAAAUAUGAUUUGUCAGAUGAAGUGGGUAGGAAAACACUGGAAGAAUUGAUUAAGACGUUAUUAAGCAAACAUAGAUUACAGUCUCGGCUUUUGAAUAAACUUGUCGCAAUUGGCAGUAAGUUGGAACCUAAUGUGGAUUCUUUUGCUUUUGAAGGAAAUCUAAUUAUUUCAAACAUUUGGCAACCCUUGGUUGACAAACCGCCGGACGAAGAUACAGAACGAGAGAAAGCUUUUAAGGCGUCUGAGUUGAAAGUAAAACAGAUCAUGUUAGAAAGUGAACUUGAAGCUGCCAUCGAAGCUGAAGAGUUUUUAAAAGCUCAAGACCUAACAAAUAAAUUACAAGAGAUCAAAAGAAUCUUAGAAAAAUUGCUUUCUGACAAUUUGGAGGUACAGCAGAUACGUGUCACCGCUGAUGAUUCAGAUACCUUAUGUUGGUGUUUGGAUAUUCUGGCAGCAAUCCUGGGGCAUGCCAAUAUGAAAAAAUUGCCGUCUUGUUUAAUAACUACCAGGCAGGAGUUCUUGAUGCCGCUUAUUCAGCAUAAUAAUCCUGAAAUUCAUUGGCGAGUAUUUAAAUGUUUGGCAAUUUAUUCCGCUUUUGAUCGACAACUGGCUCAAGAAUAUUUGAAAGCUUUGUGUAAUCCGAUUUGCUUCUAUCGAUACAAACAUGACUUAAAUAAGAGCAUGCUGAUAGAUUCUAUCUCUAUUGUGACCGAUCUUAUAAGAGAUUCAGAAAUGAAUUUGUUCAGUACGGAAGCGGAUAUUUGUUAUGUUACGAACAAUACGAAAAGACGCCUGUACAACGAAGAUGCAAACGAACUGAACUCGUUGGCUAAUACAAACUUGACUAUUGAUUCAAUUUUAAGUGUUUUUAUGGAUAUGAUGGAUGACGAAAAUGACGAUAUCAGACAUACAGUGAUCACAGCUUUGGCCAAGCUUAUACUUAGUGGAAUUCCAAUCGACUUCACGGUAAUAACUAGACUUAUAUUGAAAUGGUUCACUCCUGUAACACGUAAAUCAAGUACGGCUUCUGGGGCACUAAAAGGAAGACGUAAAGCUUACGAAGGGGCGCUUCAACAAAUAAUUGGUGUUAUUGUCAAUCUCUAUGUUACUCGAGUUGAGAACGCUAGAGAAGUGGUAGCAAGAGCCAUUGUUCCAAUAAUUAACAAAUUCUGCGAAGCUCCGCGGUCGAGUUUAUUAGUUGACAUUGAUAUGGUAAAUGUAAUAAAAUUUUUAUCAGCUAUUACAGAUGUCGGAUCCAAAAAUUCCUCAGUUGAUGUCCAUAUACAAGUAGCUGAUCUUUUGGUGCAAGAAAUGUCUUCUAGACCAUCUGAAUUAUCAACCAUUUAUUUUGCAAAAAUGUUGAAAUAUCUACAUAUAAAUCAUAGUAAUGAUGUAGCUGUAAAAGAGUUAGUCACAAAUUGCGAACUGUUGCUCGAAAAGACAAUUCUGGAAAAAGGAACUAGACAGGAAGUUCAAAAAUUUGCAGCAAGGCUUGGCGCAGAUGCAUCGAUUUGUACAAAUGGCAAUACAGAAUCGCUCCAAUUAACCGAAAAUUCCACAGUCCGAACAAGCGUGAGUUGCGACUCAAAUCAAACACAUACACAGAAUAGGAUGCUUCUACAACAAUCAAGCCCUUUAAGUGUAGUUAUUGAAGAAUCAAAUAGUACUAAAUCCGCGGAUCAAAAUAGCUGCACCGAUACGGAAAACAUUCCACCAAGCAAGAGAAAAAAGUUGACGAAUAUGAAUGUUGAAAGAUUCUCUCUUAGGAGCAGUGCAAUAAGAUCUAGGAAAAACCAGCAAGCUGGUCCAACACUAUGUAAAACAUCCCAAACAAUAACGUCAAAAUCCCGAUCUUUCUCUUCUGGAUCUUCUUCCGACGUUAUUCCCACUAGCCAGAGGAACCUGAGAUCUAAUAGAUUUCAAGCAAAGGUUGACAACAAAAUAAUUUGCAAAGAAUUAAGAGUGCUACUUGACAAACAAAAAUUAAACGGAGUCAAUGGUAUUAAAACAAAUAACCUUGAAGUGAGUAACAUCGAUUUGUCGAUAUCUCAAAGCGUGUCUUCCAGUUCAGAUUCAACGGUAAACUUGCGACGCUCACAAAGAAAUGCUAGAGAUUCAGUUGUAACCCGAGUAAACGGCACGAAGAGCAUUGUAAAUGCAGUUUCCGUUCAAGUGAAAAGAAAAAAAUUAAGAGGCAGAACAUUGCCGUCCAACGAUGCAACAAAUAGCCUAGUCGUCAAUGAAUUUGACACAUCAGAUCAAACGUUGCACACAAUUAUAGAACCUUCAGAGUGCCAAAUGGGUAUUUUAGCCGACUACAGCCAAGUUGACACGCGACGGUCUUCUCGAAGAAUACAAGCAUUGAGAUCAGAUUCUACAUCUGAUGAGUCGCCAUCAAGAACCGUACCAAAAAAGAGGGCAAAAAAAAAUACCGAGACAUAAUGUAAGUCAUGUUUGAUAAAAAAUAUACAUGUGUUAUUUUCACGAUUUUAUGUAAUUAUAUUGUAAUAUAACCGACCCAAUUUUGUAUAUAUUUACAAUAUUACAAUAGUAUAUAAUAAUGGAGAUGUCUGUAAUUGAGUGCCUUAUUAUUUAUUGAGUGAAAAUACAUAUGGUGGUU